GUUCAUUUAGUCUUGUGUGUCACUGCUCUUAAGACCAAACUAUAAUAUUCUUCUUCUUCAACUAGUUGAGUGAUUGUGGUGCAAUCGAAAAUUAACAAAAAAAUGCUGUCGAAAUUGUGCAAAAAUUCAACAAAUUCGUUCACCCGACCUUUACCUGCGCUGCCGACCACUAAAAACACCACUAUCUUUGCCUCAGACGACUCCACAACCGACUCAUCCGAUAAUGAAGCAAUCAAGCAUCCUUCUUUUGUAGCAGCAAAAAAUGCUCGUUUUGUGCCGGACCUCGUGACAAGUUGUCCGGAAGUGACUCUUAGUGCUUGUUCAGAUGUCUACGAAGAGAUUGAGGAUGUGCGUGAACGUAUGUCGCAAUUGUCGUGUUUCACAGCGGACGCGGCAAAGCCCACCAGAGACCCAAUAGCAAAGGUCAUGGGGCAAAACGUGAGCCUCCGCCGACCCCGAAUAUCCCUAACAUGGGUCCUCAGAGAUAACAAUGAUUCCCCAGCAACGACUUCAGGAGAGCAUCGCUCCAAUAAGCAACCUCAAUACCGAAAGAAAUCAAGAGGUGAGCGGCUGUUUAGUGAGAGGUAUGCAAAUGGUCAAGAAAGCGAUCGCAAAGUAUGUCCCGAAUCGGAUAGGAAUUCCCUCAGUGGCAACAGCAAAUCCAGCUUGAUUGCCCAUGAGAGGCUCCUCGAGGGUACCCUAAAAAAUACACGCUCAGAACCAGCACUCUUUGCCUCAAGUCAGACCACUCGUCGGCAUCGGCACCGGAAGAGGCGCGACAGGAAUAGGUGUCCACGUUUUGGUUAUGAAAUCACCAAUGUCGAUGACUUCCUCUCAAAAUGCUCCCUAUCAUCACCUGGAAAUAUUCCAGUUGUCUUAUCCGAGGCCAGUACACUCUAUCAGACCCGAUCCGGAGGGUACCAGCUUGAGAUUCCCCUCCCACUAGGCAUGGUGGUAAAUGCUGUGUUUAAGAACCAAACAUGGCUCUAUGUGCAGACACCACAUGCAGAGGAGGGCUAUGUUAACUACACAGCGUGCCUGCCCCUUGGGAUACUUCCGGCAGUCAAAUCAUCUAAGCCGCCACCGUGUUGGGAGACGAAUGGCGAUAUAUUCCCAAAACCUUGCGGUGGUAAUCUCACAGACAGCGAAAAGGAACUACAGAUGCGUGGUACACGCUCUGAAGGAGCACGAACACCUCGCUCGCGACGUUCAAAAUCAUGUGGAGAGAAGCAGGUGGAUGCACUCUUCUUGCGGGCAACUAGUCAGCCAAAACUCUACGAGAAGCCUGCACCUGUGAGGAUUUCACCAUACUCCUGUGGUGCUCCAAAGCCAAAUCUCCACGAUGAGUACGUGUCGUUGCUACCUAAACCACGUCGAGGUGCACCAUUGGGUAUCAAAUCACCCCUAUUGUUGCGAGAGACUCUCCUAGCUGUCCGUGAGAAUUAUAUGUCGGAGUCUGUGAGUGUCCGAAAGGGGGACGUAGUAACUUUAUUGGCGUGCAAGGAGUACCGAGACAAGAACUCCUAUCGCCAGUGGUUUUUUGUAAAAACCAGAGAUGGUGGAGAGGGCUACAUUCCUGCGGAAGUGGCUGGACAUGGGUUCCUCUGAGUGAAAGACUGACUUCUCCAAAAUGAUUUUUCUUUUCUCUUUUCUGUAUCGUUUUUAUAGAAUAAAUCAAUUCAUACGUCA